AUGGCUGAGGUUUCCCACUCUGGAACGCUUCAGAAGGAGAGAGAGAUACUCAAUAGGCUCCAAGGAUGCCCUCAUAUUCUCUACUGCUACGGCGACGAGAUCACUAUUGGGAAUGGUCAGUUAACCUACAAUGUCUUGUUGGAGUACGCUUCCGAGGAACCCUAUCUUCUGAAAUUAAGAAUUCCAAUGGUGGAUUGCUGGAAGCCAAUGUUAGGUGCUACACCCGCUCGAUUCUUUAGGGUCUUGAUCACAUUCACGAGCAUGGUUAUGUUCAUUGCGAUAUCAAGCCUUAGAAUAUUCUGCAUGUGCCUUGCUCGUCUCCUUCUUCGGACCAAGAUUGCUGAUUUUGGUUCCGCCAAGAAUACCGUGCAAGAACAGAGGAAGAAGAAGGACUUCCAUUCUUUGUCUUUGAGAGGAACCCCUCUUUAUAUGUCGCCUGAAUCUGUUGCAAGUAAGGAACAGGAAGCACCCUCGAAUAUAUGGGCUCUUUUAGGUGUGUCGUGGCGGAGAUGA